AUGGUUCCUGCUCAAAACCUAUCCAAACAAAAUCAUCUUCUUCAAUAUCACAAAGGUAGUACUAAUAUUGAUAUUACUUCUGCUUUAUGUGAUUAUAAUUAUGGUAGAGGUAAUAUUGACGAGGUGUAUACGACAGAGCGUUGUGGUGGUGAGAGUAUUAUGAGCAGAAAAUCACAAGGGUAUGAGUACUGUAGUACAGAUCAAUCUUCUUGCGUAGUAGGAUCUGAUAUUUUAGUGAUUGGUGAUCAUCAUCUUCAUCAUCAUCAAUAUCCAAUAUUAAUGGCGGAUGAUCAAGAUGAAUCCAGAACUAACAGCCUUAACAACGACGCGCCUUCGAGUAACUCCAACAAGGAAUUAGAAGGCGGUGCCGGUGCCGGUGCCGGUCCCGGUGCUGGUGCUGCUUGUGGUGGUCAAGAUCAAGAGAGAGAUCAUCAUCAUGAUCAUCAUGGUCAUGAUCAUGAUGAUCGCGAAGGCUGGCUCCAAUUGAGUAUAGGCGGCCACACCGGAAAUCUUAGGCAAGAAAACAAGAUUCAUCAUCAUCAUCAUCAUCAUCGUCAUGAUAUUCAGGUACUAGAACCGAUGUCGACGGCGAGAAGAGGAGGCGGGACGGGACUAAACACGAUUGAGCUGGAUCUGUUACCCGGCGGAGGAGGAGGAGGAAUGAGGUCGACGGGUACGACGACGUUUGAAGGGCCUAGUAUUAGUACUACUCAUGAAUAUCAACAUCAAAAUGUAAUCGGAGGGCUUAAUAUUGCUGGUAGAGGUUCAUCAAUGAGCAAUUUUGGGAGUGGUACUAAUUUUAGUACUCCAUCGUUAAUGUAUUUCCAACAGUACUACCCCGGAAGUAGUAGUACCAGUACUUCGGACUUUCCUCAAUAUCACCAAGCCGAUCAUCAGGCCCUUAAUAACUGGGCAUUUAGGCCGUUAAUUCCUCAGCAAUAUCAACAACAACAAUAUGCUUAUGCUUCUUCUUCUUCUUCUUCUUCUUCUUCUUCUUCUACUUCUUCUUCAUUAUUGAUGCCUCAGCUGGGAUCCACCACCACUUCCUAUUUAGCUCGACAAUUUCAGCUCCAGCCUCCGGUGGUUGAUGCCGCCCCUGCCUCCGCGGGGCCCACCGUAGAUUUCAGAGUUGUUAAUCCUCCUCGGAGACCCCAUUCUGGCAUUUGGUUCAUGCUUCAAGCUUCACAAAAUCAAGCCAAGGAACCGAUCUUGCCUCAAAUAUCCAAGAGCUUCCUCAGAAUCAAGGAUGGAAGAAUGACAGUUCGGUUGCUAAUAAAGUAUCUAGUCAAUAAGCUGAGACUGGAUAGCGAAUCAGAGCAGAUAGAGAUAACAUGUAGAGGGCAACAGCUUCUACCAUACUUGACGUUGCAGCAUGUGAGAGAUAACAUAUGGGGUCCAACUUUGACUUUGCUUCCAGACUCCUCUUCCUCUACCACUGAUCAUGUCAUGGUCUUGCACUACUCUAGGAGUGCUUAA